UGCCGCAUUCUGCAGUUCAGCUGCCACUUAGUAUUGUUGCAUAUAAGUCAUCGUUGCGGUUCAGCCGCCUAUCGUAGUCAAGCUACGCGUGGGGUCUACCCACAUUCUCUGAUCUUUAAAAAAAUAGUCUCUGCACUUCGAAGGAUUGAGCAUGAGCAGAGAGUUUUUUGUGAGGUUCUUCUAAGCCUCACAAAAAACUCUGAUCCCAUGAUAGGAUUGUGUAACCAUUAUUUAUUAUGAUGCAUGUAUUUAAGUAUGAAUUUCGAUCAGCAAAAGCACCUACCACACUUUUAGCCUCAGUGUGGGUGGGUUUUCAAUAAGUUCGUGAAACCCCUCGUUCGACAUACAUGUCAAAAGGAAAAUAUAAGAAAACGAAAAUGAAAUUUCGCUCAGUGGAGGAAAAAACGGAAAAAGAGUGGCGUGACUCGCGCUUUUUCGGUCGCGGAUUAAGUUCGUGGUGCGAUACACAGCACAAGUUGGACCAGAACCGGAACUCGAACGGAUCGGCGUGGUCAACCAGUCUGCCGGAAACAGCAAACAUUGCUGAAGCGGUAUCAUCUACUCAACAACCGUACCACAGUGGCUGCUGGUUGUCCCGCCGUGUUCUAACGGAAGCUCGACAAAAUCGAAGCAAGAGCCCAUCGCGUCGAAAUCCAACCAGCGAGAAAAGGGCAACAAGCGAGUGUCGCAUACGGGGCGCAAGCAACGGAAACAUAAGCGGCUCCCAAUAUCGCCAGUGUAACGCCUUGGAAAAGGCAGGAUUCGGUGUGCACAACAGCCCCUGCAACGGGGCUUUUUUGCUUCUCUAUUUUUUCUCAGCUUCCACUGGUGGUAUCGGCGAAAGACCUUCGUUGUUAGACCUAUUAGACCGGUUCAAAGCGAAAAUCAUCAGACUAGGAGAACCGUUCGGGGAUCCAGAAUUCCAGGAGUCAGCACGCAGGCGAAGUCUCUCAACAGCAGAAGGGAAGUGGGCUUCCCGGAUAAGGGGCGCCUCUGCCUCUUCGUUGAUCACUCCCGCGGUCUCCAGUACUGUGCAUUCAGCAUCCUGCGUAAGCUCCGGUGUAUCGAGAACACGGGCUCACUUCAACCACAUCAAUUGUUGUCGGCCAGACAAUAUCGCAGCAAAAGGUUGCACGGAGAAAAGCCGUUGGAUUGCCUGUUAGUUCCGGAAGUCCGGUGUUCGGACACUUGCGUGGUGUGCUUCAAAUCGACGACCUACCACCGACGAUUUGCCAGUCAUGAUGCCGAAUUCAUGCAGGCAGCGCAGCGUCAGGCGGCGCUAAUCAUCCUGCACUAGUAAUUGCAACACCAGUGGGUUUUGGAUGUUCGGUGCCCGAGCCUGCUGGUAACUAUCAACAUACUAUCACAACCAACAACCCGACGGUGGAAGGACAAUGGCGUGGAAGAAGUGACGCCGUCAAGAAGAAGCAGAACAUCUGGUGCGGCGUGCGUCAAAUGACGACCGAACAUGUGAGUUUUUUCUUUGCUAUCAUCCACUAAAUACAUGCG